ACUUUGGAGUUCCUAAGUCGUGCAGCGUGCGCGACGGUAGUGACGCGUACUACCGGGAGUAUGGCGGAUACCGGCUUGCGCCGCGUGGUUCCUAGCGACCUUUAUCCCCUCGUGCUCGGCUUUCUGCGUGAUAACCAACUUUCGGAGGUGGCCAACAAAUUUGCAAAAGCUACAGGCGCUACACAGCAAGAUGCCAAUGCUUCUUCCCUCUUGGACAUCUAUAGCUUCUGGCUCAAUAGGUCCACCAAAGCCCCAAAGAGGAAAUUACAGUCAAAUGGGCCAGUGACCAAGAAGGCUAAAAAGGAGGCUUCGUCCAGUGACAGUAGUGAGGACAGCAGUGAGGAGGAAGAUAAAGCCCAAGCACCCCCAGCGAAGAAGGCUGCUGUCCCUGCCAAGCGAACCAGUCUGCCUCAGCAUGCUGGGAAGGCAGUAGCCAAAGCUUCAGAGAGCAGCAGUAGUGAAGAAUCCAGUGAUGAAGAGGAGGAAGAAGACAACAAAAAGAAGAAGCCUGUCCAGCAGAAGGUAGCUAAGUCCCAAGCCAAGGCAGUCAGAACUCCUCCUAAGAAAGCCAAGAGCUCGGAGUCCGAGUCUGACUCAAGCUCGGAGGAUGAAACACCGCAGACCCAGAAGCUAAAGACAGCUACGGCAGCCAAAGCUCAGCCGAAAGCCUCAGCCAAGCCAGGUUCACCAGCAAGAGCACAGCCUAAAGCAACCAAUGGCAAAGCAGCCAGCAGCAGCAGCAGCAGUGAUAGUAGCAGUGAAGACUCCGAGGAGGAGAAGGCAGCACCACCCCCCAAGAUGCAGACUAUACCUAAAAAGCAAGUCAUGGCCAAGGCACCAAUAAAAGUAGCUGCCACCCCUACCCAGAAGAGCUCUAGCAGUGAAGAGUCUUCUAGUGAAGAGGAAGAACAGAAAAAGCCCGUGAAGAAAAAACCAGGUCCUUACAGUUCAGUCCCACCACCUUCUGUUCCCUUGCAAAAGAAGUCCUUGGGAACCCAGUCUCCAAAGAAAGCUGCCGUGCAGAAACAGCCUGCAGAAAGCAGUGAGGACAGCAGUGAGGAGUCUGAUUCAAGUUCUGAGGAAGAGAAAAAAACCCCUGCUAAAGCAGUCCUCUCCAAGACACCUGCCAGACCCGCUCCAGUGAAGAAGAAAGCAGAGAGCUCUUCAGACAGCUCGGAUUCUGACAGUUCUGAGGAUGAAACUCCUGCCAAGCCGGUCAGUACCACCAAGAAUUCCUUAAGCAAGUCAGCUGUCACUCCCAAGCCAUCUGCAGCUAAGGCAGCUGUAACUCCUAAGCAACCUGCAGGCAGUGGCCAGAAACCUCAGACCAGAAAGGCUGACAGUAGCUCUAGCGAGGAGGAGAGCAGCUCCAGCGAGGAGGAGACGACAAAGAAAACUGUGACAACCCCCAAGCCCAAGGUGGCUGCUAAAGCAGCACCAUCUCUGCCCACCAAGCAGGCUCCUCAGGCUGCAGACAGCAGCUCCGACUCAGACAGCUCCAGCAGUGAUGAAGAGAAGACACCUAAGCCUCCAGCUAAGAAGGCAGCAGGAGGUCAAACCGCAUCCAAACCAGCCGCCGCCGUGAAGAAAGCAGCAGCCGAGAGCAGCAGCUCCUCCGAAGACUCCAGUGAGGAGGAAGAGGAGGAGAAGCCCAAGGGCAAGGGCACUACUAAACCACAGGCCAGCAAGGCCAAUGGCACUCGAGCUUCUCAGAACGGAAAAGCAGACGGGGAAAGCGAGGAGGAGGAAGAGGAAGAGGAGGAGAUGAAAAAGGCAGCUGUGUCGGUUUCAAAGCCAGGUUCAGGAAAGAAACGAAAGCAGAAUGAGACAGCAGAAGAAGCAGAGACUCCUCCUCAAGCUAAGAAAGUUAAGCUCCAGACUCCAAACACGUUUCCAAAAAGGAAGAAAGCAGAAAAAAGGGCAUCGUCCCCAUUCCGAAGGGUCAGGGAAGAGGAGAUAGAGGUGGAUUCACGAGUAGCAGACAAUUCCUUUGAUGCCAAGCGAGGGGCAGCUGGAGACUGGGGUGAGCGAGCCAAUCAGGUUCUGAAGUUCACCAAAGGCAAGUCCUUCCGCCAUGAAAAAACGAAGAAAAAGCGGGGCAGCUACCGGGGAGGCUCCAUCUCUGUCCAGGUCAAUUCCGUCAAGUUUGAUAGUGAAUGACCUGUGGCCAUCUAGAAAAGGAAGGUGAUGUUGGGAGACUGGCCUGUCACCUCCAGUGGACCAGAGACUCGGUGUUGUUAGGGGAGGGUCUCGGCAAGGACGGUUUUGAGCAGAUUCUGACUGUCGCCUUUUAUGUUCCUCUUUGUGUGGGUUUGUUUUUGAGUGUUGUCGUUGCCUUCCUGUUCUGGGGGUCUUCAUACUGAGAAGUUUUAUAUUUUAUAUUAAAUCAUUUCGUACAGA